AUGGCUGAUGUUUCCGUGUCCCAGCUUCUUCUGUAUCCUAUAAAGUCUUGUCGAGGCUUUCAGGUCGAAACUGCCAAAGUAACUCGAUAUGGUUUCGAGUUUGAUCGAUUAUGGAUGCUCAUUGAUACCAACAAGGGCACAUUCUUAACGCAACGUGAAAUCCCAAAGAUGGUCUUGAUAGUUCCAGAACUCAUCAAGCAUGGCGAAGAAUACAAGCAUGGUGGGAGCUUGAAAAUCACUCUUUUGGGGGCACCUGGAAGUGUAGAAGUGUCAUUCAGGAGCUCGUUUGAUGGAGUUCCCACGCGGAAAAGCAAGGUCUGGGAUCACGACGUAGAAUGCAUCGAUGAAGGAGACGAAGCUGCCGCAUUCUUGACCAAUUUCCUGAAAUUCAAUGUACGACUUGUGCUCAAGGAUCCUAGAUCCAGACGUCCUCUCAGUCCGAAAACUGUCCCAAACGAUUCGGCAUUUGCUCAUCCUCCGCAGACGGCCUUCGCAGAUGGUUUUCCUUUCUUGUUCGUGUCUCAGGCUACUUUGGACGAUGUGAACGAGCGUCUGAUUACUAAAGGUGCCAAAGGGAUUGAUGUGAUGAACUUUAGGCCGAAUGUGGUAUUGCGUGGCCUGCAGGCAUACGCUGAAGAUGAACUGAAGGUGAUAAAAAUAACAGGUCAAACCUUAUACGUGACAUCUCGAUGUCCAAGGUGCCAGAUUCCGACCAACGAUACAAUGAAGGGGGAGCUCACACACGUUGAAGUCUCUAAAACAAUUCAGAGCUAUAGACGUGUUGAUGCUGGUGAAAAGUACUCCGCAUGUAUUGGAAUGAAUGUAUGCCAUGCAGACCAUGGAUACUACAUCAGUAUAGGCGACCGUGUAUCUGUCGUUGAAACGACAAAAGAGCAUGAUCGUCGUGGCAGGGAAGUCAACCCAUUGUUUUGGCAGUCCGUUGAGAAACGACCACUGGACUGGGCAACUAUCAGCAUCUCUAUAUUGGUGGUGGCUGCAUCUGCCUUUGUUGGUUGGAGUAUUUUAAGAAAAUGA